CUUUGCCUCCUGAGUACUGGGAUUAAAGGCGUGUGCCACCACCACCCGGCAGAGCUGUUUAUUCUUAGCUUAAUUCAGAUUGAGCCAUUAAAUCACUAAGGGGUUUCUCAAACCAGAUCAUGUUUUCUAAAAGUCUUUCCUCAGCCACAAGGGCUUGGUAAAUGUCUGUGGAGACAAUGGUUUUCUGUCGUCAUGAUUUUGUUUGAAAUACAGAUUUAUGUCAGGGUUUCAUGGAGAAUGAUUUCUUCAGUGCUGGAGGCAGAACUCAUGGCCUCACACACAUUAGGCAAGUCCUCUACCCUUGAACCACACUCCUAUUGCACGAGUGCUUUUUACUUCCUUGUUUUGUUUUUAGUGGAUUAUAGGAAAGGGAUCUAUCUGAAAUCAUGAGAUAUAUUGACAUUCUGUUUCACUUGCUGUUUCCAUUUUCUACACUGCAUGUCUCCAAGCAACUCACAUUUGCAAACACAGCUAUGGAUACACUAUUUGUCUUGACAAUAGUUACCUUGGAAUUUAGGUCUUGUUUUCUGUCUCCACUUUCCUGUUUCUUAAUCAUAUAUAACAUUAUGGUAGCAGGUUGAGUUAGAGGGUUUCUAUAAGUCUGUGUUAAUGGUUUGUAGCAUCUAAUGAGAAGCUAGGAAGAAUGAGUAGCCAGGACCUGGUCACUUUGAACGUGGGAGGGAAGAUAUUCACAACAAGGCUUUCUACCCUAAAGCAGUUCCCUACCUCUCGGUUGGCAGGCAUGUUAGAUGGCAGAGACCAGGAGUUCAAGACAGUUGAUGGCCAGAUUUUUGUGGAUAGAGAUGGUGCUCUGUUUAGUUUCAUUUUAGAUUUUCUGAGAAAUGGUGAGCUUCUGUUACCCGCUGACUUUUCAGACUAUCUUAGGCUUCAGAGAGAGGCUCUUUUCUAUGAACUUGAUUCUCUUGCUGAUCUCUUAAGCCAGCACCUGCUACAGUCAAGACCUGCUGUCAUGGAGGUGCAUUUCUUAAACCAAAAUACUCAAGCCUUCUUCCGAGUGUUUGGCUCUUGCAGCAAAACCAUCGAGCGGCUAAUGAGAAGGAUUACAGUGUUUGUAGAGCAGCCUGCAGCGCUGGCCUGGAGCAGUAACCCCUUCCCUCCUCAGGUGACGCUACUCGCACUGCCUCCACAAAGGCCUUCUCACCAUGACCUGGUUUUCCACUGUGGCUCUGAUGGCACUAUUGAGAACCAUGCUGGAGUCAGGUACAUUUCCAUAAAGCCUGAUAACCGAAAAUUGGCGAAUGGAACAAAUGUCUUCGGCUUGCUGAUCGAUACUUUAUUAAAGGAAGGCUUUCAUCUGGUCAGCACUAGAACCCCAGCCUCUGGAGACAAAAGUGAAUGCUAUGUCUUUGAAAGGAUAAAAAGCCCUCAAGUCCUGGGGGUUAAUAAAACACGAAAACCAGAAAAUACCACCAUACCAGUGCCAUCUCAGCAGUGAAACUGUUAAAGAGACAGUAAAGGGGAAAUGGUCUUGUUUGGAAAUUCCACACCUGGAGCAUGGAUGUCAGUCAGACUUGUACUCAGUCUGAUUUUGGAUGUUCUUUUGUACCUGCCUUCUUGCUGCUGGGCGACCAGGCCCCAGCAGUUCUUAAAGCUGCCCUGCGUGCUCUCUCAGAACAACACUGUGCCGUUGCCUUAGCACUUGGCCCUUCAAAACCUUUCGACAGGAAAUCUCACGGCUUUUAAAAACGGGCUCUGGACUUGGACUGUGUCUGAUCCUAGUUUAGUCAUUUAUUAGCUAUGUGACUUAAGCAAGGCAUUUAACAUUUCUGUGUUUCAACUUUAUUAACUAGAAACAAAAAGGGUGGUGGUUAAAGGGAACGAAGUUCUUCUGAUGGCCUGGCAUGUGGUGAGCACUCAGUAACUGUUAGUAAUGAUAAUGAUCAUGGGUCACUUAAUUUCAAACCCAUGUCUUCUGAGACCUUGGUUUCUCCCUUGCCCUUUUGUUUAUCUGCAGUGUCAGGGAUUGAACCCUCAUGCAUGCCAAGUGUCCUCUAUGACUAACUUGUAAGCCCCAGCAGCUGGUCAUUCUGCACAUAUCAUCAUAAAACCAUGUUUCCCUCAGUUAAAUAUAAGUUCUUUGAAAAGUUUCUAAUGCUACUAUAUAUACAAUAUUGUGCUAAACUUACCAAUCAUACAGUAUCUAAAUUUGGUGAAAAGUUUUGGAAUAACAUUUAAAAUACACAUAACUUAGUUUUUCUAGUGUUACAUCUGUGUUAUUUUAAACACUAGGAUAAACGUCUAAAAGAGAAAUCACUUCAUCAAAAAGUUUCUAAUGUUUGCUUAUAGUUGAGUGAAAAGCUGUUGUGUAGAAACACUUCAAAGUUUGCAAUUCAUUCAAGAAUAUCUUUUAGAUAUUUGUCUCAGUUAAGGUUUCUAUUGCUGUGAUGAAAUACCAGGACUAAAUUCAAGUUGAGGAGGAAAGGGCUUAUUCUGCUUGCCCUUCUGUGGGUGUCCCUGUAAACACCAGGACCUGCAGAGUAACCAUCCAUUUGAGGGAAGAAGGAAAUCCAGUUUAACACAACUUAGCCUGUGUUGGUUCAGACUUGAAUCUGACACUGGGCAGUUUACUUUAGUCAUAUUUAAGUACAGUACAACACUAGAAAAAAAGUUUCCUGGUGACAAUCACAAUUUAAAAAAAAGGGGUGGUGGUGGUGACAACAUUGCAAAGUACAUGUGACCUUUUCAGUAAAAAUGGGUGCUAUAGCUUAAGGUCCCAGGGGAGGAUCUGGUGUGGUUUGGUCAUCACAGAGGUCACCAAGUUACAAAGUAUGUGUGACAUCUCUCCUAGGGAUGGGUUCUAUUGACUGAGAAACAAAAUAAAAAUAAAUGUCUGGGGAGGAAGAAUCUGGGAUAAGCAUAAUAGUCUGAGGGAUUCAGGUAUGGCUUGGCAUAGAUCAUUAGUCUAUUAACUACAUCUAUUCCCCAGACUUCUGGGUGGAAAACUGGUACACGUCUCCUUAAUUGAGGAGGUGUGUUUAACAUUCUUGGUUUUCCUAGUACUUAUCUGUGAGGCACCCCUAGUGCCUAGGAAUCCUGUACCCUCUAUACACUUCCAUAUUUUAGUACAUCAUUAAAGGAAGUCAGGACGGGAGCUCAGACUGGGCAUGAACCCAAAAGCAAGAGCUAAUGCAGAGGCCAUGUUUACUGGCUUGCUCUUCAUGGCUUGCUCAUCCUGCUUUUUCUUAUAGAACCCAAGAUCACCAGCCCAGGGAUGACACCACCCACAAUGGGCUUGGCCCUCCCCCAUAAGAAAAUGUUCUAUAGGCUUACCUUCAGCCUGACCUUAUGGAAGCAUGUUUUUCAAUUGAGGUUCCCUUCUUUCAAAUGACUCUAUACUGUGUCAAUUUGACAUAAAACUAGCCAGCACAUUAUACUAAAUUCUAAAGAUUAAAAUAAACAUGGAGUAGGUAAAAAUCCUAAUUCCCAAGCAGCAUGAAUUCAAAUAAAGAAAUGCAUCACCACAGCAGAAAAAAAGCUCAAAGAUCAUCAAUAUGGAAUAAGCCAUAGAAUGAUUUAUGUAGAUUCUUAAAAAGUAUGAGGUAGGGCUGGUGAGAUGAGUUCCUGUGAGAGCUGAAGUUACUUUUAAGUUUUAAUUACUAUGCCUAAGAGAUCCAUGAAACAAAAAUACCUCUGAUCUGUAAGCCCCUUGCCUAAGGACAGAUGGUUCCUGAAAUUCUGCAGGCUAUUGUUUAUGAAGCCACAUGUCUUCCCUCCCCCAUACAAGUUUGUUUGACCCCUUUGCACCAGAUAUACUUGGUCACAUGUGGGCAGGAGGUACAUAGGCAGAGAAUACGUGAGUAUGCAUGCUUGCCCCUGAUUGGAUCUGAUGGGAAAAACUUAAGCUGCUGUAAACCAUGACUCAGGGUCCUCUUCUGGAAACCCAGAGAUGGACCUGGCCAGAGGCCACCCACCUGGCUAGUAUUUAAUUAAAGCUUGCUUCAAACUUGGCUUUAAACUGCGAUAGUGGUCUCACUUUCGACUGGUGGGAGUAACAUUUGAUCCUGAGAACCUACAUAGUAGGAGAAAACUGACUCCUAAAAGUUGUUCUUUGACUUGCACAUGUUCCAUGGUGCACACAUGUACACACACGAAUGCAUGAGCAACCUCCAAGAUUGUAAAAAAAAAAAAAAAAAUGAAGCAGAGCUGGUUGUAGUGGCACAUAUCUUUAAUCCUAGUACAUAGGAGGCAUGUGGAUUUCUCUGAGUUCAAGGCCAGCUUGGUCUACAUUCCUAGUUUCAAAGGCUAUCCAGGGCUAUGUAUUAAGACAUGGUCUCAAACAAAAUAAAACAAAUAUGCAACAGUAUAGAAGCCUAUGAGGGAGGGAUGUCAAUAUAAGGGUGGUGGUGGUGGUGGGGAAUCCCUAGAACACAGGCUUGGUGAAAAGUGGCGUACGCCUUUAAUCCUACUUGGGAAGCAGAGACAGGUGGAUCUCUGUGAAUUCUAGGCCAACCUAGUCUAUAGAGUGAGACUGUGUCUCCAAACAAAAGUUCUAGGGUACAUAUAUGUAUAUAUAGUUUCCAUUUAUAGAAAAAUAUCUAUACACAUUUAAUGGAUGGAAUUUUCAAUAAAAAUGCAAAUCACUUGAGAGGAAAUUAAGUAGAAUUUAGGUAUGGAUGAAAGAUGUUUCACUAGACCAUGUGGGUAUAUAGCUAUUAAAACUAUACAUUCAUCAAUAUCUUCAGCUACAAAUCCUGCAACCUGUUAUAGUGACCUGCCUGCAAGAUACCUUGGUGCAACAGUGACACAAUUAUUAUUGGAGUAACCAGUCACGCUCUGAUCAGAUUUAAGGCCUGACUUCAUGAGAUGGAACCCAUGCCUGACACUGCUAAAGUGACCAAGAACCUGAGACUAGACAGAUCACGGGUCUAGGGGAAAACCUAAUACUGUUAUUCUACUAAAGGAAUAUAGCAAUAGAAUGACUCCUAAUGACAUUCUGAUAUAUCCAUAGAUUAGUGCUUCACUCAGCUCCCAUCAGAGAAACUUCUUCUUGUAAUAGACGGCAACUAACACAGAGACCCACAACUGGACUAUGUGGAGGGAGGGAGGGACUUUGGAGCAUCAGUCCUAAAUUCAAAGCCCUCCCUUCAAGGCUCAGGGGUCUAUACAGAAGGAGGUGGAAAGACUAUAAAAGCCAGAGGUGAUGCAUGAUUCUGAGGAGACAGUGUCUUCCAGACACAACAGGAUUCAUGCACAUAUGAACUCAGAGAGGCUAUGGCAAGCACACACAAGGCCUACACACAGGUUCAAGCCAGAUGGAGUCCUAGCACUGAGGGGGAAGUAGGCACAGGCUCCCACCCCAAGGGAUAAGCUAUCUGCACCCGAUGACAAAGGGAAAACUCAUUUUUCUCCAGUGGAAUCUUACUGGGUAUAUUAACCAGACUUUAGGGCAGACCCCACACGCUGCAGGAGAC